AUGAGUAAGACUGCCACUCCCAUCGCUACGGCCGCUGCCGCCAACGCCGCCGCCAAGAAACGCCGCCAAAACGACGACGACGCAAGGCUCAUCAAGCUCGGCCGCGAGCGAGACUUAUCGACAGCGCCGGCGUGGAUCGGUUUCCCGGGUCUGUCCGGGGUCGAUCUCACGCAGACUCAGACCUUCCCCGUUGACAAGAAAGCCCGUCCUCGGAAGCGGCGGUGGGGUGAAGACUGGCGGGAGCUCGUCAUUGGGGCGUCCCCCUACAAUAAGGCGGCGGCGAAGGCGCGGGCGGGAAGACGGGCCAGGGCCGAGAGGGGGGCGUCCACAGCGGCGGACGCUCGAGCGGAGAUUGAAGAGAAGGUGUCCACGAGUCUGCUUGGCGUCGUUCCAGAGGAGUUUUGUCGUGACGCACCGCCAGCGGUAGAACCGUCGUCGUCGUCGUCGUCGCUGAAAGCAGUGACUGUGGCAGCAGGAGCGAGGGCAACCAAUAGCGCAGAGGAUGCCGCCGAUGGCGCGGGAAGUGGGCGACGGCCGAUCAAGAUCGCUGUGGAAAGUUCUGCUACGACCGGCUCAAGAGAUGUUUCCUCUUCGCUAGCUGCCCCUGCUGCUACUGGAGGUGGUGACUGCGUUGUGGCUGGCGCCGCCCACCAGAGAGGCCUCCCGACGAAGGCCUCCGGGCCGCCCUACUCAGACCAACAACAACAGCACGCGUCAAGACCAAAGCGCCAGCGCGGAGCGACCGCCACUGCCACGGCCAGCGGUGAUGGCGAAAGGAGGAACGGAGAGAGAUCUCGACGUCGUCUCGCUGCUUUUCUCGAAGACCAGGCUUCGUCCACGACGGCAGCGGCAGCAGACGGGGGCGCAGUCGGAGGUGGUGGCCGUGCCGAAGAAGGACAGCCAUGCGAUGGGAGCAACAGCGCCGUCACCGCCGGGCGCAAGGACCAAACCUUCUUCGGGCUGGGGGGGGACGCGCUGGAGCCAACCCCCCCCUCCGAGAGCAUGACCGCCAACUUUGUCGGCCUCCUCGAGGGCUCGCUCGGCCUCGGCGUGUGGACCGACCCCGUCGCAUCCCAGUUGGCGAGACCCCUGAACGCCGUUCUCGCCUACCUUCCUCCGGAGGGCGCACGGCUGUUCGAUGAGUCUGGCCGUCGCUUCACGCCCCCCGGCGGCAGCCACGAAGCCGAAGCGAACCUCCCCCCGGACAAUGAGCCCUCCGCGGCGCACGCAACAUCCCCGGACGGGAGGAAGAAGAAGACAGCAACAGCGACGGCGACAACGACCAGCGGCAUCAAAGCGGCGCCAACCGGAGCCGGAAGAGGCCCAACAACGCAAGGAGCCGCGUGUAUUUCGGCGCCCGGUACUGCUGCGUCUUCGCUCCUCACCGUCACGAUGGAGCGCGGGACCGCCGAGGAGGCGCCCCGCGCGGUCUGGCUGGGGCAGGUCGCGGCGGUGAUGGAGGCCAGGGGGGACCGGGACGAGGCGGUCCGGCUCUACGGGGAGGCGGCGGCAGAGCUCACGGGGAAAAGAGAAGGCGCCAGUCGCAUUGGCUCUCGGGACGGUAGUGGUGGCACUGCGAGCCCAUGCCCCCCUGCUGCAGGAAAGGGUCGCUCCGCCCAACUCGGGGGCGGCGAUCGCGGCGUUGGUGCUGGAGCCGGCCCGGAUUUGUUCCCGUACUCUGCUAGAGCCCACUACCUCGCUUCUAUCAUCGAGCGCACCUAUCGCCGACACUUCCUCAGACGAACCGCCGCCCAGACGCUCGCCGCCGCUGCGUUCCGUGGGCACCUGGCCCGCGUCGGCGCCCGGAAGGACAAAACUCACCGGAGCAGCGCGGCAACGUUCGUGGCGAGGGCUUGGCGCCGGCGGAUGUACCGGCUAGGCCUCGCGACUGUGAAGUUUCAAGCGAUCAUACGAGGGGCCCACGGAAGGCGCAAGGCUAGAGAGAUUCGGAUCUUGAUCCGGCACACCAUCUCGGCGCAGUCGGUGGUCCGAAUGUUCCUGGCGAAGCGAACGACCCAACGAAUGCGCCUUGAGGAGGCCUCCGCUGGACUCCUGCAGGCCUUGCACAGGGGAUUCGUCCUGAGGAGGGUGAGGGCGACGGCGAUCUCGGAGAUUCACACUAGCCUGUGGCGGGCGGCCCUAGGGCUCAACCGCGUGGCCCGAGGCUUCUUGCACCGGCGCUUCGCCGGGAUGGUGAGGCAGUUCGCCGUGGACGGGGAGAUAACCCGGUGCGAGGCGGAAGCGGCGGCGGUAGGAGGAGCUGUGCGACUGGCGACCACGAGGGCCGACAUGUACUUGACGACAGACGCAGGAAAAGUUGAACUAGCGCAGGAGAUGAGGCGCGCGAAGGCUGCCGUCGUUCGAACCAAGAUCCUGAUGCGAGGCGCGUCUCCGGAGGAGCGGCGACGAGCGAGCGCGCACGAUGUGUUCGAUUCUUUCGACCUCGAUGGCUCUGGCACCAUCGAUCACACGGAGCUAAAGGCCCUCCUAGGCGCUCUGGGCGUUGGGAUCACCAACGCGGAACUGAAGGUAACUUCGGCCGCCGUCGAUGCCGACGGUAGCGGGGAGAUCAGUUUCUCCGAGUUCUACGCUUGGUUCGGUGGGGGUGGCUUCCAUGGUGGCGGUGAUUACGGCGUGGGUGAAGCCCUCGGGUUUCGUGGUAUGACGAGCGACACAUCAGAGAACUGGAGUCUUCGCAGCAGUCCAAGCCUUUCCACUGCGAGAAGUGGAAUGGAAGAGUCCACCGCGGCGUUGACGUCCGGGUACCGAUCAGCCGAGGGAAACGGGGGGCCGAGACACACGGCUCGCGCAACUUUUGUGAAGGCACGCCGAAACCUCCGAGCGGCCACGGGCAUGGCCUUGCAGGACCGGGCCCGUCGCAGCGUCAUCCGUCGUUGGGUGUCCUUGGCCGCCCGGGAAGCGCAGGUACGAUUCCGAGAGGCUUGGCCCCCUACCCUGGAGUGCUGGGCAUGCCACCAGGCCUUCGCUUUGUACGGUGACUACUGGCGACACUUCGGGGGCGGCAGAGAAGAGCAGCACCGACGACGGGGCGCGGAGCGGCAGUGGGCGCGGCUGCUGGAUGAGAGGAGCCGCCUGGCGGCCGCCGGGCUCAGGGCGGAGGCCGCCGAAGAAGCCAGAAUCGCACCAAAGGGUAGCGCUGGCGCGCACGAGCACGCAGCUCUCGGGGCAAGGUUGCUUGCGGCCCUAUCGUCCGACCUCAAGCGUGGCGGGGGUAAAAGUGGUUCCUCGGAAGAAGAAGCAGUCCCAACGACUGAGGAGGCGACGGCGACGGUUGCGCGUCUAGCUUUUCAGGCGUUCGAUCGAGACGGGAACGGCGAACUCGAUGUGUCCGACCUCGCGGAUCUGCUGGGGGUGCUCCGGCGGAUCGCGGGAAGGCCGCCCUCCGCACGCACGGCCUUGGGUUCGGGUGCUGCCGCAGCCGGGUACGGGCUUGAGGCGGCCAUGUUUGCGAUGGACGAAGACCAUAGCGGCCAGGUCGAUAUCGACGAGUUCAUGCGGUGGUUCAACGGGUACGACGCACACGACGGGGCUAACCGGUCGACAGCACCCGGAGAACUACCUCAGCGUGGGAGGGAGUCGGAGGAGCCGCUCUACGUCAAAGUCCUCGGCGUGCGCAAUGGCGCGACCGGCGGGACUAAUGCGCAAGAAGAUCGCGAAGCGAACCACGAAGAGGACGCAGACGACGGCAGUAGCGGUAGCGACAGUAGCGGUGGUAGUAGCGACUCUUCGUCCUUGUCAUCGGUUUCGGCGUCAACAGCCGACGAAGAUGACACGGUAGGGGCACGUGCGUCGGGCGACCCCAAGUCUGCCAAGAACGAAAAAAGGCCGGCAGCAGGAGGCGUUUUCCGUGUUCGAGCGUGGUUAAAACGGAAGGCACCGGCGACAACCAACGGGAGCCAACGCAAGCAAACCAAGCGCAAGCGGUGGGACGAGAAGGAAGAAGAGCAGGAAGAAGACACAUCGAACUCGACCGACGGUGGCGACAGCGAGAAGGGAGAAAGCGGAGCAAAGAAACGGCGUCGUCCCAGCGUUGGGGGCAGCAACACCGGAGAUGGUUCGUUCGCGUCCCCAUCUUCGGCGAACCGUUCCGUUGCCGAAACCCGCGCCAGAGGCGCACCGUUCUCCCCCCGUCGCUUGCUGGGCGACCGGUGGUCUUCAUCCACAGCCGACCCUUGGAAAAGGCACGCCAAGACGUUAAGGGCGGUGGCGGAGCAGGAGGCCAGGACUCUACUGCUUCGGAGAGCAAGACUCAGGGCGCAGGUUCAUGAAUUGGCUCGAUUUCGGGCGACAAGACCACCGGAGUACGACGAAUGGAGCUCGCCGGACUUCCUGGAAAAGCACAGAGAGACUGUGGCGGAGAUAACGGCAGAUGCCGACUCUAUUUUCGUGGAAAACCUACACCGGAAUCUAAGGGAGGCCGAAGAAGCGGUUCAGCACGGCCUUUCGAAGGAGCGCUCGGUGCCGUCGCCCUUGCCUCCGCCCGACCCUGGUAUCAGCGCCGCCAACGCCACCACUGCCGCUGCCGCUGCUGCUCUCCAUUCCGACGGGAGUGGUAAUCUCGCGACCGCCAUUGGGGUGGAUGGCGGCAGCGUCGGCGCCCUCGCCUCCUCGCCUUCCCGCUUGGCUUGGUCGUUAGGCGGAAGAAAGUGGUGGGGGCGCCGCGGUGGCGGUCGCGGCACGGGUACUCAAGUAUAUGCUCCUGGCACCUGGGGAGAGCGACAGCCGACCGCUGAUAUCGCUGAGACUGUCAAGGCCGCGGAGAGAGAUGCGGCAGCCGCUCGUCGCAGAGCCUUUCAGACACCCACCGGGCGGGCCGAGAUUGCCAGAGCAGUUCGACGACUGAAAGCUAGCCGCGUUAUUGCCGCGACGUCAAACACGGUGGCGGCGGCGGCGGAAGCGGGUGGAGAAGCUCCGCAAACCAAUACAGCACAAGGCACCCACGAGGAGAGACAAACUGUGGUGACUCAGGUGGCAGCGGCGGGAGCGGUAAGCGAGGGAGCUACGUGGGGGGCGCCAGCCAACGCGGGAUUGAGCGAGGACGCGGGGGCGAAACAUACGGCAUCAGUGGCUAAACUCUCUACUUCCCUCAAUGUUGCUGGUGCUGUUGACCGGGUGGAGGAACGGGAGAAGAGGUCACCUCUGGUGGGGCAGGCGGAGCAGCUGUUCCAGCUCUUCGACGCUGACGGCUCCGGAGCCAUCGAUCGCGAGGAGCUCGCUCCCCUGCUGGGACAGCUAGGCAUCUGGGUGACCGCGAAGAUGGCGAGCGAGCUCUUUCCAAGGCUAGACCUCGACUGUUCCGGGGACAUCCGACAGGAGGAACUUGUGACGUGGCUGGAAAAUGAGGGGGCGGACCUCCGACGGGCGCCCUUGAGCAAGAUGUUGCGGGCCGGACAGAGCGUCAAGGCUGGUGGGAGCUCCACACGCCGACUAGAAAGCCAGGUUCGAGCCUCGAUAGUAGCGAGAUCAAGGGCCGCCGCGAGGGCGGAAGUGUGGGCAUCAUCGGGCGUUACACCAGUACCCGCGGCAGCACCGGCGGUGGUAGCCACGACAGCAUCGACAGCAGCGAUCGACGGACCCCACGAACAAGCCAAGCAAGAAGAUCCAAAUCCUCAAAAACAGGAGCAGCAUCAGCAACGAGGCGAAGAAGAAAAGAAAGUUAUAGACGAAGACGCCGUGGCGGUGGAGGCGGCGACGGCAAGGAAGGAGCCGGCAUUGGCCGUGAAGGUGACAGGAGGGAAGGAACGGGGACGGGUCUUGGCCACGAGGGCCACGGGGAGGAGGCGGCGUUUCGAGGAAGAGGAGAGGGACGCUGAGCGGGAGCUGGUGGUGAAGCGGGCCGAGGACGUGGCGGAGCGGCGCAUCAAGAGACAAUGGAGAACCCAAGCCGGGGCAGCAGAACUCAAGCGGGAACGGGACAGGAUACGCGGAGCGGAGGAGGCCUUGAACCUGACCCUCCGAGCCUGGGAUGCGGGUGUUAGCUUCGCAAAGGAGGAGGCAGGCGUCACAAAGACAGAUGCUUCAGCGCUGAGAGAGACAAAACGGGCAGAGGAGAAGCUGCGCCAUAUGUUCCGGCUGUUCGACGUGUCGUGCGACGGCUGCAUCCACGCGGAGGAGCUGGGGAGACUCUUGUCUCGCAUGAACGUGCCGAUGUCCGAGGCAGAGAUCGUGGGUCUGCUCCAUGAGAUGGACAGAGACGGCAGCGGCGACGUAGACUUCUGCGAGUUCUCGGCUUGGUGGCACAAAGACGGGCUGAAGCGAUCCAAUCGCCCGGCAGCUCUGAUCCGCUCGGCGGCAUCAUCGCUGGUGGCCAAGGUGGCCCCGAUAACGGCAGCACGGAGAGACGCUCGACGGGCCUUGAUUAGCAGGGCGCGAGCAGAAGCGAGAGCUGAGGUGAAGAACGUUCUUCGCCUCGAAGAUGAAGACGAGGAGGCGCUACGUCUCGCGAAGAUCGCCACUGGCAACACUGCUAGUGCUGUUGCAGCCGAUGCCGCGGGCGAGUACUUCGUGGCAUUUGAAACAAGAGUUGGCCGCGAGUGUGGUGGUACUAGUAGCGCUCCACCAGGCAAGCCGCUGCUGAAGGAUGGUACCGAGGGCCUUGGUGGCGAAGGUAGUGGUGUCGGCGAAGGGGGAGAGGGACGAGGAGAUAGGCUUAAUGCCAAGAGGCUGGCGGCUGCUAGAUCGUCCAAGCUGGCCAGGGCGGAAGCUGAGGCCUACGCCGAUGUGCAGGCCAUGAUCCUCACACAAGCUGGAAAGCGGGAGCUCGCUCGGCGGACCCGCGACUUGCGCCUCGAAUGGAGCGCUGCCAUAAGGACCGCCACAAGCAUCGCUCGGGAAAGUGGAAGCGGAGAGUUGGGCACCGCAGGAUCAGCUGACUACUCGUACGAAGGGGCCAGCCACGACAAGGAGGAGCAACGAACACAGCGAAAAGAACAGCGACAGCACGCUACUUCCACCGAUACCUCCGGUAUUCCGCUUGUGGAGGCACCCAUCCUGCGAUUUCUGUGGGGCUUGCAUCGCAGUACUGCGGCGGGGGUAACGCUGGAAACGGCGGGGGCGAGUGCGGGGGUCGAGCCGUCGGAACUCAAGUACGUUGGCGCUAGUCUGCGCAGCACGUUGGUAGGAGGGGCCAACCGGAGAAUAUGGGGGAGUCAGGUCACGCUUCUAGGUUCAACCCUCGCAAAGGGCACGGCGGGGCGUACCGCCAACAUCGUUCGUACAAGUGCUGAUUUCGGGCUACCGCCCCAAGCCGAAGAAGAAGCGACCUUGCCAAAUGCUGCUCGUACAGCGGGUGUGGAAUCAGGAGAUGCGUUGAGCCUGAGCACAAUCUUCGACGACCAUGCGCACGACGAAAUUCGAGACCUCAAGACCCUGACGAGGGUCGACCUUGCAGACGUAUUGGCUUCGCUGCAUCGCCCCUCGUCUUCGGCCUUGGCCAACUCAGCUGGAAGCGCUGCGGAAGGCGAGAGGCGACCUCGGACAAAGGCUCAGAUCCGGGCGGACCUCGCGACCAUCGCGAAACUAAAGUUGAAAAUGUUCUUCACGCCAGGUGCUUUCCGGAAGCUGGCCAAACAGGCUCUGCUAGCAGAAGGGAGGGCCUUCGAGAGGCAUGAACUUGCUCGCGCCAUCGCCUUGGAGGAUGGCGAGCCCUGGCGCCUAGCCGAGGCUGCAGAAACGAAGCGAGGCAUAGAAUCAGCCGGAGGCGCUACGCCGGCCGACGUGGACCGUCUCAGGGCUAUGACGAUGGGUGCCGCCAAGCUUGGCCGAGCGCUCGCGCUGGGCGAGGCCGCGAGGAGCUCAGGGCUACCACUGCAACGGCGGAUAGCCUCGGCGAUGAACAAUCUUGCUCGGGAUGAACUCCGGCGCGCUUUUGCGCUUUGCGAGGCUGACGGGGUACCCGGCGAGAUAAGCAGGGCGGAAGCGGCGCAUGUGCUCUCUUUCGCGGGGAUUCCUCAGACUACGUUGGCGGCGACCGGUCGGGUACGAGUUCCUCUCCUGGAAGAAAGCAAGCAUUCCGGAGGGCAACCAUCUCAAACACCCAAGAGCCAGCGCCGGCGCCGGCGUCAGCGGCGGUGGCCGUGGCGAGGAAGGCGUGCCAAAGGGCCAAGUCGGAGCCAGCCGCCUCCAGGUAGACAAGUGACACCACCGCCGAGGCAUCCGCGGAACGCGGUAUCAAGAUUCCUGAAAAUCGGCGGCGGCGCUGGUCCUGGCGGGGCCAAGAAGCAGGGCAACACCGGCACUGGUGGAACCGCCAGAGUGUGUCCGACCAACGAGGACGACGGCGAUGACAAUGCUGUUGUCGUCGGCCCGAUCGUUGUGGGACCGGAGUCACCGCCGAGCCAGGCGGGGGAGAAAGAGGACCGAGGUGACGAUCUCGAUGGGGAAGGAGGGGACGCGUGUAUCGGCGGCGAAGAAGAUGACGGGCGUGAAAGCGAUGAUCACGGCAGCGAUGGACAGUUUUCGGUGGAUAUGGACAUGGUGGAUGACGUCACCAACGACGAGGGUUUCGAGCUGGGCGAGAUGGAGAUUCUUCUGGCGGCGGUAAAGGCUCGACAGACGCUUGCCGCUAAAGCCGCCAGCCUCGGACGGCUUUUGGCACGCAGAGCCCUUCCGAUCUCAUUAACCGACACCAGGGAUGCCCGCAUGCUUCUGAUGAGCCGCGCGCGCAGCGCUGGAAGAGACAAAGCAAUGCACCAGUUCGAAAACCUGCUGACCGUCGAGACAGGCGACUUGUUCGCGGCGGCAGCUCAUCAUCACGAGUAG